CACGCAAUUACCCGGUCCAGCUUAGACACAUAGGUGAGGUUAGUUUUAGGACCUGUACAAACUCUAACUCUUGCAUUUUGCAGGCCAAUCCAAGAAAAAACUGCCAACUGAUUGGACUAUUUCCAAAGAUUCACAUAUUGAGAUCUUCUGCCUAGUGCUCAUACUUACCUUUCUUGGGUAAUCUACAUUUCUGUGCAAAACUCUCUGUUUGUGUACAAAGAUCCUCUGUUUCAGUGCAGGAAGGAUGUUUGAUGAAGAGUUACUGGAGAACGGGUUCAAUCAAGAGGACAGAGAAGCUUCUAAUUCUUUGGUGGAUAAGGUCGACCCUGGGAAACCUGCAUCAUUGACCUGGCAACGAAAGUUAAAUAGUGAGGAAAUUGCUCUUUCACUAUUCACUUUAAGUUUUCAGGAGAAAUUUCAAAUGGCUCCUGUAGGCAUUCGGUUGUGGCGUUAUCUUCGAGAAGAAGCUGCCAAAGGAAAGGUUGGUGUUAUCAAUCCAUUUGUUAAGCGCUUUGUAACAUCUUGUCAAGGCAUUCCACUAGGUGGCAUUGGCUCUGGAAGCAUAGGAAGAAAUUACAAAGGUGAAUUUCAGCGCUGGCAACUGUUCCCUGGAAUAUGUGAAGAAAAACCUAUUUUAGCAAAUCAAUUUUCUGUUUUCAUUUCACGCUCAAAUGGUGUGAAGUACUCUAGUGUUCUGUGCCCAAAGAACCCAGAGGUUCUUAAAGAAUCUACAGUUUCCGGAAUUGGAUCUUGGGACUGGAAUCUAAAGGGAGAAAAUUCUACAUAUCAUGCUUUAUAUCCAAGGUCAUGGACUAUAUAUGAAGGUGAACCUGAUCCAGAACUUAGAAUUGUUUGUCGUCAAAUUUCACCUGUCAUUCCUCAUAAUUAUAAGGAGAGCAGCUUACCUGUCUCAGUUUUCACUUUUACGCUUUAUAACUCUGGGAAGACUGUGGCAGAUGUCUCCUUGCUUUUUACAUGGGCAAAUUCUGUUGGAGGGGAUUCCGAAUUUUCUGGUCAGCACUUCAAUUCUAUUACAACGAUGGAGGAUGGAGUGCAUUGCGUCCUUCUACAUCAUAAGACAGCGCAUGGUUUUCCCCCUGUAUCUUUUGCCAUCACAGCUCGGGAGAUCAAUGGUUUACACGUUUCAAAAUGCCCUCGAUUUGUGAUACAUGGAAACUCCCAAGGCAUAACAGCAAAAGACAUGUGGCAUGAAAUAAAAGAGCAUGGAUCCUUUGACAAACUUAAGUCUGCUGGAACGCCACUGCCGUCAGAGCUUGGAUCAUCUAUUGGGGCAGCCAUCGCAGCCUCUGUGACAAUUCCACCAGAUGCAGUACGCUCUGUUACAUUUUCAUUGGCAUGGGACUGCCCUGAAGUAUGCUUCAGUGGCGGAAGGACUUGUCACAGGCGUUACACAAAAUUCUACGGUACCCAUGGAGAUGCAGCUGCAAGAAUUGCACAUGAUGCUAUUCUAGGGCAUGACCAUUGGGAGUCCCAGAUAGAAGCCUGGCAAAGACCAAUUCUCAAAGACAAGAGACUUCCUGAAUGGUAUCCUAUCACACUCUUUAAUGAGCUGUACUAUCUUAAUUCAGGGGGGACAGUUUGGACAAAUGGAUCACCUCCAUUUCAGAGUUUAGUAAGUAUUGGGGGAAGGAAGUUUUCCCUUGAUAGUUCAGGGGCAGGUUUGAAGAGCAUUAUUGAUGUAACCCAUCAGAAAGACAUUUCUGUUGACAUUCUUGGAAGGAUGACUUCAAUGCUUGAGCAAAUUCAUGCUCCUGUUGCAUCAAACUCUGCUUUUGGAACUAAUUUGCUUCAAGAAGGAGAAGAAAACAUUGGUCAAUUCCUUUAUCUUGAAGGGGUUGAAUAUCAGAUGUGGAACACCUAUGAUGUUCAUUUCUAUUCUUCUUUUGCAUUGGUUAUGUUAUUUCCCAAACUUGAACUGUCUGUUCAAAGAGACUUUUCAGCAGCAGUGAUGAUGCACGAUCCCAGUAAGAUGCAACUUCUACAUGAUGGCCGAUGGGUCUGCAGAAAGGUCCUUGGAGCUGUUCCUCAUGAUAUUGGAAUGAAUGAUCCAUGGUUUGAAGUGAAUGCCUAUAACCUUUAUAAUACUGAUACAUGGAAAGACUUGAAUCCAAAAUUUGUUCUCCAAGUUUAUAGGGAUGUGGUUGCCACUGGUGACAAAAAGUUUGCUGAAGCUGUAUGGCCUUCAGUUUAUGUUGCGAUGGCUUUUAUGGACCAAUUUGACAGGGAUGGUGAUGGGAUGAUUGAGAAUGAUGGCUUUCCUGAUCAGACAUAUGAUACAUGGUCUGCAUCUGGUGUGAGUGCAUAUAGUGGUGGGUUAUGGGUGGCAGCCUUGCAGGCCGCAUCAGCCUUGGCAAGAGAAGUUGGCGACAAAGUUUCUGAGGAUUAUUUUUGGUCCAGGUUUCAGAAAGCAAAAGUUGUGUAUGAGAAAUUAUGGAAUGGCUCUUACUUCAAUUACGACAAUAGUGGUAGUAGUAACAGUUCAUCUAUACAAACUGAUCAAUUGGCUGGACAAUGGUAUGCACGAGCAUGUGGACUUCUGCCGAUUGUUGACAAAGAAAAAGCAAGAAGCGCACUAGAAAAGGUUUAUAAUUACAAUGUCUUAAAAGUGAAGGAUGGGAAACUAGGGGCUGUAAAUGGAAUGCUACCUGAUGGAAGAGUUGACCUGACAUCAAUGCAGUCAAGAGAGAUAUGGUCCGGAGUCACAUAUGCUGUUGCUGCAACAAUGAUUCAGGAAGAUUUGACGGAUAUGGCAUUUCAUACUGCAAGUGGGAUCUAUGAAGCUGCUUGGUCUGAAAAGGGACUUGGUUAUGCGUUCCAAACACCAGAAGGUUGGAACACCGAUGGCCAGUAUAGAUCUCUAUGUUACAUGCGCCCUCUGGCCAUUUGGGCAAUGCAGUGGGCUCUGUCAAGACCAAAACCUGGGAAGGAGGAAAUGAAAUUAGAAGUGAAGGAAGAUUAUCAACGUCCGCACCAUGCCGGAUUUAUUAAAGUUGCUCGUUACCUAAGGUUGCCGGAAGAGGAAUCAUCUGUAAGUCUUAUCCAGUCGUUGUUUGACUACACAUGCAAGAAGUUGGGUUAUAGUUGAUUCUUGUAAUUGAUUUUUGUGUAUGGGGACGGAAAUCAUUCAAACACAUCAAAUGCACACUUGCUUUUGUUGUUAGCUAUUUUGAUCUAAGAUUAUUAUUUGAAGCUUUGUUAUAGAGCAAUGUUACGGAGCAAUUAUGCAGUGUAUAUGGUGUAACAAAACUUAUUUCACCUUCACAAAUAUAUGGGAUCCACUUAAAUUGUGGAGGGUGAAUCUCAUAUAAAUGUGAGAGACGAUAUAUUAUUUAUAUAAGUACAUCUGAUUUUAACUCAA